CUCUGUCAGAGGUGACGUCAUAAAGAGAUUCUCCUCGGGGCGGCUGCAGGAGAGAGUAUUGCAAAUAAAACUGAGCAAAUUACAAGAGGGUACUGCACUUUAACGGGAUCUUUAUUGUAAUAAAAAGUGCGUUUACAUGGUCGCGCAGCAGAUACAUGAAUACCUCAGGACAUUUUCCAAGCACAGCUGAAAGCAGACGUGAAGGACUCUCCUAACUCUGAAAAAAAGCGGGUGUUGUAAAUGCUCAUCAUCUGGUGCUCAAGUGUUGAAGAAUCCAUAUCUAAACUGGUCAGCACGCAUUUAAAGAAUUCCAUUUAAAUACUCGGGAUGUGGUCGGGCGGCAUAACGGCAAGGUGUCUUCCUGGCUUGACGAAUAACACCCUGGAUAUGAAAGAAACUACAUGUGACUGGCUUUAGACAUCCAUCUUUUUUAGAUCAGCUGGCGUUUGCACUGGGUCUGAAGAGUAAACCCGUUUCAGUCUCGUCACUUCCCUGUUAGCAGCACCAUGACUAGACUGAGCGCGGUCUCCGCUGCGUCUUAGCUCCGAAGCCGGAGAGACGGCUGUGCCCGUGACCUCCCCGCAGCCGCUAAUGCAAGCCUAGAAAGAGACGCGAUCGUACCCCUCGGCCUUCCGCAGCUCAUGAUCCUGAAGGCGCCUGUUGCAAAGGCUGCAUCGUGAGGCAGAACUACAGCUGGGAGGGGAAGAGAAUGGCCCUAACCUUUGAAGAAGCCCGCAGGCUGGGCUGGAUUCUGCUAAAGGCUAUCAUCCGGUUCGCCUUCAUGAUCAUCAAUAAUCUCGUUGCCAUUCCUUCCUAUGUUUUAUACUUAAUAGCACUGCAACCCUUGAGGUUGAUGGACAGUCACACUUUUUGGACUAUUGAAGGAGUCAUGUUUAAAUGGCUUUUAGCAAUGGUGUCGUCUUGGGGCUGGGUGGCAGGAUACACAGUAACGGAGUGGGGAGAUGACGUGAAGCCUAUUUCAGAAGAAGAAGCCAUGGUAAUUGUCAACCAUCAAGCAACGGGUGAUGUGUGCACCCUAAUGAUGUGCCUACAGGACAAGGGAACGGUGGUCCGAAAGAUGAUGUGGUUAAUGGACCAUAUAUUCAAAUACACAAAUUUUGGCCUUGUGUCUUUAAUCCAUGGCGAUUUCUUUAUAAGACAGGGUAAAGCACACCGGGAUAAGCAGCUGAGCUUCCUCAAGGAUCAUUUAGACAAGUACUACCACAGCCGGGACCGCAAGUGGAUUGUUCUCUUUCCGGAAGGGGGCUUUCUGCGGAAACGGAGAGAAACCAGCCAGUCUUUUGCCAAGAAGAACAACCUGCCCUCCCUGGUGCAUGUCACCCUGCCCAGACUGGGAGCCACCCAGGUCAUCCUGAAGACCCUGGGGCCGCAGCAAGAGAAUGGCAGCCUGGGGGCGGGAGACGCCAGCAGAACAGGCAAACCCAGAGGCUUGCAGUGGGUUAUUGACAUCACCAUCGCCUACCCCAAAGCCAAGCCAAUAGAUAUCCAGACAUGGAUUCUUGGUUACAGACCGCCAGUAGUUACACAUGUGCAUUACAGGGUCUACCCAAUUAAAGAAGUUCCCGUAGAGACAGAGCCACUUACUGAGUGGCUCUACCAGCGGUUUGUUGAAAAGGAGGAGCUUCUGGCCCAUUUCUAUGAAACAGGGGCAUUCCCACCACCAAAAGGCCAAAAGCAAGCAGUUUCCAAGGAGAUGACUCUUGACCCUGUGUGGCUUUUUACUAUACAAUCAUUUGCUUUUGUCUCUGCCUACAUGUGGUACAACAUCCUUCAGUAUUUUUACUGCUGUGUGUUUUAAUCAAAUUUAAUAAGAAAAUAAUGGACCUUUUAGUCACCUGGACAUAUGGCCCAAGCAUCAUACUAUUUGUGUGUGAAUGUAGAUUUGCUAAGAUGAGAGUAUAAAACAAGGAAAAUAUAGAAUAUUAAAAGGAUUUUCCCCCAUACGCACUCAUACAGACACCUUUGUUUAAAUUUUAAAAAGGCUCAGGACGUAAACUGAAAAACGAUCUGGAUUCUUCUUAAUUCCUCGUUUUGAUGUCCACAGCAGAAACCUCCAGUGGAAGGAGGUUGAAUUUUGACCAGAGUGUUGCCCACUGGGAAACAGAGGAGGCUGUCGCGGUUCUAGGAAAAAAAAAUGUUUUGCUUUCCCUUCUCAUGGUUGCACGAGGCUUUUCUUCAAUAUGUUGUGAGCCACGCUUACAGAGAAGCUGUCCAGUCCUGAGGCUUUAUAAGCUGGGGAAGGGCUACUACUGCCCUGUCUGGUGGAAUUCUGGAGAAGGGCGGGAGCAGGAGAUUUCUCACCUGUUCGUUUCCUUUGUUGCACUUCGGAUUCAAACUGCUCCAAGCCGUGGAAAUAGCCUUCAGCGUCCUGGUCAGCAGUUUCACAACAUUACUUAAUAUUAUCACAAUUACUACUGUUCAAUCAUAUCUUAACCAACAGAUCAUCUUUGGAAGUCUUUGGUGUUCUUGUUUACACCUGUCAUCCUGGUGAGAGAAACAUGAGUUAAUUUCUGUAUGUCCGAUUCUGCUGAAGAGGUCCUGGAGAGAGGUGGACGUGGGUGGGUGUGGGAAUGGAAAAUGUAAAGUCUGCUACGCCAGUCACUUCUGGUUGGGCUGGGCCUACACCUUUACAAAAAUAAUGACAUAGAGAGGGCUGAAGCUUUUUUUUUAUCCCAGCCCAAUGCCAGCAAAAACGAGCCCGGCUAUCUGACUGAAAAAUGCAAUUGCGUCAAGUGGAGUUCACAGCAACUGGGAAAGAUCACCCCAGCCUCCAAGCACCCAUUCCACUGAUGCUCUCGCAGUGCUGAAGUCUUCAUACAUCACCUAGAGCCACUGUUUAUCUCGGAUUUCUGAUAUUUAAGCCAUAUUCUGAGUAGGUGGACAAAAAGAAAAAGUUAAACUAUUUUUAAUGAAAGAAGUACCAAAAUGUGUUGAACCCUGUUCAUUAAGAAACCUUUUUUUGUGAAUUCAACUGCAGAUGGACAGAUCUAUAGGUCUUAUUACUGUGCGUAAACAGCAUAACCAUCUGACGUGUGUGUGAUUCCCUUUUUUCCUUUUUUAAAACAUGUUCACAGCUAAGUUUCUCUCAUGUGAAAGUAUAGUAAAAAAUGCACAAUUAGGUGUUUUAAGACUUUUUUUAUUUGAAAUAUUGUCUUUGAGUGAUCAUAUGUUCAGUCCAAUGUCUAAAAGGCUGAGUAGAAAAUUUACAGCAUUGUUUUUUUUCUGUAUCUGUGAGGUUUCAGUUUUCAAUAUCAUGAAAUGAAUGCGUGUUUAACCGUUCGGCCCUGCAGCUGAACUGAAUUAUGGGAGUUGAGUUUCCAGAAAUCCCUUAACCGUUUAAUCCAGUCCGAUCAUGACGACGCUUCUCCAAGCCCUGCUUUACAGCCAGUGGGCACAUGUCCAGAAGGACAGCUCAGCGAGUGGCGGAGUGGGCUGUCUGACUGAUGUUCUUGGUCAUUUCAGUGCAUUGAAUUCACAAGUGGGAGAGGAUGCUGGUCCCCCACUUGAGUGAUUUACACAACUACUGUAUACGUAGUGUAGAGCACUAAACAGAACAGAUGCUUCCUUCAGUACGAUAGAGGUUCUAGAAAUACCGUAGGCACUAAAACAAGUUUAACAGAGCAGGCAGUCAUUUUUUACCUCUGACCUCCUCUUGCUAGUUAUCAGUAACGAGGAUAGACUGUUGGUAGCAAAGCUCAUUGACAUACAGCAGCCCCAGCGAACUUUCUGUAAGAGCCUUAUACUGUAGUUCACUCCCUUGUAGAGAAGAUGAGAAGAGAUAUACUUUCACUUACAGGGUUUACAUAGGAUUACAAAAAAGCACUUGACUUAAUGCAUUUUUUUUGAGCAACACAAAUAUAAAGGUAUUAUAGUCACCUUAAAUAACAUCUGUGUUCCCUCUUCGUGUUUUUUUUUUACUUGCCCUGUUUGUAUUCAUACUCGGGAAGCUUUUUUUCCCAUAAACAGUGAAUCUGUCUGAAGCAAUGCAUUUCAAAUACCAUAAAGAAGAACAAAGACUGUUCUAAUGUAUCAUUUUCACACUGGCUAGCAUCAUCUAUUUGUAAAUGCCAGAGCAGAGGAGAUGUCUUGCAGGCUUUGUGCUGUUCUUGGAAUAUUUGGUUUUCAGAUGGAUUCAAUGCAUCUUUGUAAUUCUUCCAAAGAUGAAUUCCAAAAUAUGCAGUGUGGCACAACAACACAGAAGUUGAAAAUAAAAAUGUGAUUGAAGAAGAGGAGUUAUUUUUUCUUUACUUUUUUUAGAUUGCCUUACUGUAAAACCUGUAAACAUUACUUAGUUGUACCCACUCAAUUAUAUGUUUACAUGAUACCAUAAUAAAUCAUGGGCUCUUAGAUGACUCUCAAACUUGAUCCCAAGGUGUGUUAGAUACGUCUUAGUCUUUGCUGAGAUGCAGUGGUUUACUUAGAAUUUUUUAUUAGUACAUUUUCUCUACAAUACUAAACAGUAAGUGCAGUUUACAUUGCUGGUUGUCAUGCCUUGAAAUGCCCCCAAUAUUUGUAUGUUGCUGUUUGUUUAGAUUUAUAAUCCUUGUAUUUUGGGUGAAAAACCUUUUGGAAUAAUUAAUUGGGGAUACAUUUACAUACAGUAUGUCUUACCCAGGGUAUACCCUCUGUUAUUUGCAAACAUAGGCUCUGGCUUCCCUGUGACCCUGAAUUGGAAAUAGUAGUUAGAAAGUGGAUGAAUAAUUAACUGGGGAGGGGUUCUGGAUAAAACCACAUUUCAAAGCC